AAAGCGUCGCAUUAAAUGAAGGGGACAACCAAGAGAAGGAGAAGCUGUUACAACGGAAUUCCACUAGGUGGCUCUCAGCAAACAAGGGACGAGGAGAAUAAGCUUAAAAACAUAUCGAAGAAGAAAAAGACGGCAAAGGCGGUUGACGAAGUCCAGGAUGAAGCCUUUCUGAUGUUUGGAAGUCAUCGACGAUGCAUCAUGAAGUCUGCCUGCAAACGUCUGAGAGCGGAAGCGUUUAACCUUGCCUCACGGCCGCUCCCCCCUGAGCGUGAAGAUGCCGAUGACAACGCGGACCCCAAGCUCAUCAUCACUGCUGACGACGAGUGCGCCGAGGGCGGCGGGAAGAGAACGGUCAAGAGGAAACGGAAAAGACAGACUGAAGAGGAGGAGGAGGAGAAGAAGAACAGUGAAAAAGAGAGGCCGGGAGAAGGCUUGGAGAUUGAUAGACAGCUCGACCAAUUGCUGGAGUGCAAGUCCAAGCAACACAAGCUGACCAGCGUCAACGUGCGCAACAUCAUUCACGAAGUCAUCACCAACGAGCACGUGGUGGCUAUGAUGAAAGCCGCCAUCAAUGAGACGGACGCCGUGCCGCCCUUUGAGCCCAAGAUGACGCGAUCCAAGCUGAAGGAAGUUGUGGAGAAAGGCGUGGCAGUCCCGGCGUGGAACAUCUCGCCGAUCAAGACUGGGCGAGACGUCAGCAAGGUCCAUCAGUUUGUAGACAUCCCCCUCGCUGAGGAAGACUCCUCCGAUGAAGAGUAUCGUCCCGACGAUGAAGAUGAGGACGAGACGGCCGAAGAUACUUUUCUGGAGAGCGACUUUGAGAGCGCCGCCUCGCCCCCGAGAGGAAGCCGGCGGCACCUACGCAGCGGCGGGAAGACGACGAGGGCCGAGUCUGCCUCCAUGGGCCCCCCACCUCCACCCAAAGCUCUGCCUCCGUCCGCGCAAACAGACAACUUCCUGGAGAAGCUGCACGCUGUAGAGGCUGAGCUGGCCGUGUGUAUGGACCCGUACCAGCCUUUGGAGGACACGGGCGAGGGGGGCUUGAUGGCGUACCGCACGCGCUCAAAGCGUCCUCUUCGGGACAUCCCCCUGGGGCGACUGGAGGCGGAGCUCCGAGCGCCCGACAUCACGCCCGACAUGUACGACUGUGGCUCCGCCCACGAGGACAGCAACUGGACUGAUUGGUUGAGAGGCCUCAUGACCUCCGACGUGGACAAUGAUGAGGAGUGUGAUGAUGAAGAUGACCCAGAGUACAACUUCCUGGCUGAUAUUGACGAGCCGGACCAGGAGGAUUACCGUGACGACAAGGCUGUCCGCAUCACCAAAAAGGAAGUAAAUGAAUUGAUGGAGGAGCUCUUUGAAACGUUGAAAGAGGACCUGACAGGCCAGGAAGUGGACGAUGAAGGGCACGAAGAAGAGGAGUUGCCGCGGGAAGGCGUACACACACAUGACAAGCGUGUUGCCGGACACGCGUGUUACACACACAAAGAAACAUGCGAGGGCGACGUGGAGGUUAGCCAGCGACCAAUGGCAGAGCGGCGUACGGUCCGGCAGCAGCUGUCCUUCAUGAGAAGCACCCGACACACGGCCAGUGUGCACAUACUCAGGCUGGACGCACAGCACAGGCGCACACUGGCACAGCAAGUGCAGCAGCACGUGCAGCUGUUGCUUCAGAUUCACCUUCUCACGUCAGUCGUGGAAGAACUCCGCCACGAAGCUGAAACCACGCAACAGUUCCUGUUUGAGCUGGACCUCCUAGCGCGAAGAGGCGAGCCGAUGACCUCGCCGGAGCGGCGCAGCGCUUUUAGGGCGGCCAACCUACAAGGGGCGCUAGAACUGCUGGCCGAGCUGCGGGACUGGCCCGUGGCCUACGCACAACCCAAGCGCGUGCCUGAUGCACGCGGACAAAUGCGCUGCUUUCCGGUGAUGCCCGCUGAGCUGGCUUGGAUCUUUGCUACAAGUCCAGUCUUUCUUUACCCGCAACUUCUGCCUCGUGUCAGCCUGGACCCGGCUCACUACUGCCCCCGCAGGACGGCAGCAUUCACUGCGGCAGAAGACAGUCUGCUCAUCAUGGGUCUUCGGAACUUGGAGGGCUCGCGUGACCCGACCCGGCUGCUGUGCGACUUGUUGUUGGGCAAAAGUGUCGUUCAAGUGAGACGCAGGAUCCAGCAGUGCUGCAGACCAGGAGUCCCUGACAAUAUCGUCAAGACAUUCCGCUGCAAGCGUGUUAUUCCUCGCAUGCCACGGGCGUGUGCUCACGUUGCUGCGUCAGAGCGGCGCCCACCAGUGGAGAGAGACGUGCGCCUCAUGCCUCUGUGGCUGGUGAGAAGUCUCCCUGCGAUCUCCAAGGCGGUUAACUCCUCCGGUCACAUGACUGCGCUUGGCUCCUCCUCCACGUGCUACCCAUCCCGCCUCCCAUCCAACCUGCACUUCCGCCGCAUGGGCUUCGUCCAGCAAGCUGAGCGCACAUCCUCGCCCCUGUCCUCGGCUCUUCCCAGCCCCAGAGCCCAAAAUCUGCCCUCUCCUGGUUGCUCCGCCCCCACGGCGGCGGCAGCCGGCAUGCAGAGGAUCAACGAAGCAGAGCCAGAGCGUCCUGCUUUCUCAGAAUCAUCAAGGCUCUGCGGUAUGAAUGUGGGCGUGGCCAAGAUGACACAAGUCGCUGAAACUUUCUGUUCUCUGCCUGAGGAAGAAGAGCCCCGCCCACAACUGGAGCCGCACGCAUCUGUUCCGGAAGAGAGCGAGCCCAGAAAAACAGCAAAUGACGCAGACAUGAAGCAGGAAGCCCCGCCGACCGUUUCCGCUCAAAACGUCUCGACGGGCGCAAACGGAGAAAAGAUGGUGGUCUGGACUCGAGAAGCCGACCGCCUCAUCCUGACAGCUUGUCAGCAGCAAGGAGCCAAUUGGCGGACGUUCAGGCGAGUCUCCGCCCAGUUGGGAACCAAAAGUGCCCGGCAGGUGAGCCUUCGUUUCAAAGACCUCCUUCGCCUUUUUCGCGUGGCCACGACGUCCGUAUCCUGUCCCUCGGUUGUCGACCAAGAACCGGAACCUCUGCCAGAGUCCAAAAGCAGCUUGUUGGAAAGUUGAAAGGAAAACUUGCUCUCAUAGCACUCGCUCAACAUUUGCUGACUCAGCGAUGAUGUCAUCAAAUUCUUUCAAUUCACAUUGAAUGAACUCAAUUCUUGGUUUGCACCAAACAUUAAUGCUAGCUGUUGUAAAUAAAGUUUGAAACAUCUGA